CUGCGGUGUACAUUGACAAAUAGUGUACAUAGCGACAAAAUGAAAAAGGAAACUCAGGCAAAGUUACGGAGAUAUGGGUCAGGUCCAUUGGCAAAACAGAAUCACGUAUCGGCUAUUCCGAUGCCAACUUAUUUGAACCAUAGUACAUCGAAUUGUCUGAGUAGGCCGGCCGAUCAAAAUUCAAUGCAUGAAUUUGCAAACGCGCUGUCCAGCCCAACUAUGACAUCAAACACGAAUAUAAUUUCACCUAUCGCAUUGCACGACGUAGAUUAUACGCAACAGGCGUCAGCGUCACCAGAUUCGUCAAUAUACAGGAGGAAGUCCAACUUAAAAACUGGUAUGGUUGCAAAUAGCGAUCCACCAAGUCCUCUUUGCCAUUACAAACAUACUUUUGACCCUACUGUUACUACUCAGCGCAUUGUCGUUGGCAUCUACUCAUCUCAAGCGUCUGAAACAUCGGAUAUAGAACCGGAAACUACAAAUCCGUCAGUCUCUGAGUGCACUGAUGAAAGCUCAAAGGUAAUAUUUUCUCACGGCAAAGUAGCAGCCCGCAGGCAAUCGAGUUUAUCAGCGCGUGCGCGGACUAUUUUCAAAUCUGUAUUGGCACGAACAUCGACUACGGGCAGCAGGUGACAGUAUAUGACAGUAAAACUAUAUAUGCUUUCACGAGAGAGAACAUCCUCAAAAAUUCACAAGGAAUGACAAGCCUGUGCUGUAUAAACUCACAGUCGAAGAGAUCUCCAGCCUGCGAACCGAAGACGCAUGUCGAGCAUUGAUUUCAGAGAAGUAUAACUCACGAUAUGUCAUGCAAGUGUGUACUAUACAAAUUUCUAUAGAACAUACCAUGGAAGAGCAUACUCUUUUUAGAUGACCCGGUUGUAUUUGUAAGCGGAGCGAGCAUAGAAUAGUGAAUCGUAAUAAACGGUCUAAGGCUAUUUGGCACAACAACU